UUGAGCCCCGCGCAACCCGAGCGCAGGCACGCCCGGGGCGCGGGGUCGGAGCGCGCAGCGCGGCGCCGCCCCCCGGCCCUCGGCCCCCCAGCCCCUGGCGCCCCCGGAGCUGCGCGCCGAGGGAGGAGGGCGGGCGGGCGCGGCGGGCCGGGCCGGCGGGCGGCGGACUAUGAGGCGCCCACCAUGGUGCGAUGCGACCGCGGGCUGCAGAUGCUGCUGACCACGGCCGGAGCCUUCGCUGCCUUCUCGCUCAUGGCCAUCGCCAUCGGCACCGACUACUGGCUGUACUCCAGCGCUCACAUCUGCAACGGCACCAACCUGACUAUGGACGAUGGACCCCCGCCCCGCCGCGCCCGCGGCGACCUCACCCACUCGGGACUGUGGCGGGUGUGUUGCAUCGAAGGCAUCUAUAAAGGACACUGCUUCCGGAUCAACCACUUCCCAGAGGACAACGAUUACGACCAUGACAGCUCAGAGUACCUCCUCCGCAUCGUGCGAGCCUCCAGUGUCUUUCCCAUCCUCAGCACCAUCCUGCUCCUGCUUGGAGGGCUCUGCAUCGGCGCUGGGAGGAUCUACAGCCGCAAGAACAAUAUUGUCCUCAGUGCAGGCAUCCUCUUUGUGGCUGCAGGCCUCAGUAAUAUCAUUGGCAUCAUUGUCUACAUCUCCAGCAACACAGGAGACCCCAGUGACAAGCGUGACGAAGACAAGAAGAACCAUUACAACUACGGCUGGUCUUUUUACUUUGGAGCCCUGUCGUUUAUUGUGGCGGAGACCGUGGGUGUCCUGGCUGUAAACAUUUACAUUGAGAAAAAUAAAGAGUUGAGGUUUAAAACCAAGCGGGAAUUCCUUAAGCCCUCCUCCUCCUCACCAUACGCCAGGAUGCCGAGCUACAGGUACCGGCGACGGCGGUCUAGGUCCAGCUCACGGUCCACCGAGGCCUCGCCUUCCAGGGAUGCGUCUCCCGUGGGCCUGAAGAUCACCGGGGCCAUUCCCAUGGGUGAGCUGUCCAUGUACACGCUGUCCAGGGAGCCCCUCAAAGUAACCACAGCUGCCAGUUACACCCCGGACCAGGAUGCUGGCUUCCUCCAGAUGCACGACUUCUUCCCACAGGACCUAAAGGAGGGUUUCCACGUCAGCAUGCUGAACCGGCGGACGACUCCCGUGUGACCCGCCCACCCGUCUCAGCGCCGGCUUCCCCCAGAGCGGCUGUUUGUGUGACACGCAACAGGGUGACCCUUAAGAUUAUAGACAGUGAACUGGAGCCGAGGGCAGCCCUCCCUGGCUUCCAGAAGAUGCCAUGGGUUGGCUUAGAGUGAAGGAAGCCAGAUACCAGAAUCAGGGCUUGGGUAGAAACUGAAGGCUAACUUUCUCCCACGACAGGGUAUAUUGCUGCCCUCCAGGUCACUGAAAUUUCCCAGGAGGCCCAAGAAUUUUCCAGAAGCUGCAUCGGCCUGCCUCUUGGAAACCAGGAAACCUGUCAGGCCCGAAGAAGAUGUCAGAUCCCCUCUCCUUCCCUGGGCGCUGGGCCACAGGAAGGCUUCUUCCAGAACUGGGACCACUGAGCCCCCAUACUUCCCACUCAGACAUUCCUGUGUCCUGGAGCCUGAAAUGAGCCGAGGCUUGCUCCCUUUCCCUCUGUGUUUCCCUCUCUCGCUUCUGUCCAGCGGCCUGGAGGAGCCUGUGGUUGAAAAUAUCAUCCGUCCUAAAGAGAAAGCUCUGUGACUAACUGGUGCUUCAGCCUUGAGCUGUCCUGCGGCCGGCUUCUCUCCACCUCAGGAGACCGGGAAUCUGGGAUAAAGGCAGAGGCUCUGCCGGCUUUCCUGCUUGCUUCUGGAAGUUUCUCCCAAGCUCAGAAUAGGCAAGACCUACUCACUAAACUUGGAGAACUGGAGGAUUCCAUGGGUCUGAGGAGAGGUAGGCGCAAAGCCUCUAACUGUGUCUCUCCCCUACUUGCCUGAGGAACUACUCUGACCCCUGAGGGGAGGUGGGGCCCUUCCCACCUCCAGAGUGGUGUUCUACAACAGAUGUAUAAACUUCGGGGAGGGGAACCUGAAGGUGAGCAGAGACAAAGAAGAACAAAGAAAGAGCAUCCGUUUCCAGGUGAUUCUGAAUCGUGACACACUGAGAAACAACAGCAGGAGAACAAGCUGCAGACAACUCCUCAUCCUAAAAAGUAGCAACGGCAUCCUCCCCAACUGCUGUCUGUCAUCAUAAUUUAUUCCGCCGAUACAUGAAGGACUCUGUGGACAUUUGACUCCAGGGGCCGUCCUGGGCUUUCUAACUUUGCGUGAAUCUAAGGAUGAGUUCUGUGUUUUACAGUUUGUCCAACCGUUCCCCCUUUCCCUCUUGAGGUGAGGAAAAACCAUGUGAGUUGUGUCCAGAUUAGAGAGAACUCUCCAGGAAGUGGAACUCACCCCCUUUUCUAUAACACAGUGCUUUCUAAGGAUCAAUUGUUUCUUACUUUUUGAGACUUCUUAAUCCAAUCUUGAACAGUCAUCUGUGACCCCGGUAACUGUCUCACUUAGAAGUGACAAGCCAAUUCUUACCUCAGUCACCUGCUCAUGGAGCCCCCUAGGCUGACACCGAGUUCAGACCCAGGUCCAUUUGUCCUUCCCUGCCUGCCCUCCAUUGCCCCCACCACCCCGAAGGGAGACAUCCCAUGUCAUAGCUGCAGCCAGCUGCCCAGGAGCUGGGGAGCUAAGAUGAGAGCGUGCUAUGUAUUUGCUCACAAUCAUCCCUUCCUGGCCAGGUGGGCUCCUCAGCAUGUGUCAAAGCCUGCACAGCAGUGAGCACUGGUGUCAGGGUGUGUGGUCUGUCCCCACCCACCUCCCCAGCCACCCACCUCCCCUCUACCACCGCGGUAGCAUCUCUUGAGGCUGAAGGAAGCCCUGACCCCCAGGGAGACCCGAGAUCUGUCUCAUGUCUCUUCUGGACCUAGAGCAGCCUAUGGUAGCUUCCACACAAGCUACCUUCCCGAACCUGUGGUCCCAGGAGUUUCCACAAGUCCACGUAAGAAAGCUAUGUUCCGAUGAAUCCUACCUCUUGUCCAGUCCCAGGCAGAGUACACAGGCCCACUUCAGGGACCAAGAAAGAGCUAGAAGGAAAAGGAAGAAGGGACGGGGGCAGGGGGGAGGAGGGGCUAGAACACAGGGAGAAAAACCUCAACUGCUCCAGCCCCCUAGCCCUUUCUCCCACUGACUGUUGGCCUCACUCUUGGGACCCUGGUCACCAGCUUGCUCUCCCUGUGGGACAAGGGGAGUGGAGCUGGGCCUCACUGUUGACAGGCUCAGAUCUGGCUCCCUCUCUGAAGGGACAUGAGGCCUGAGCCCAUCUUCCCACCCUUCCUCAUUCCUGCCCCCUCCCCUGUGUGUCUCACCAGUUAAGCCCCUGUGAUCCUGUACCCACCAAUGGUUUGCGGUUGUUAGUUCUG